CUGGACCGGGACACGAUACGGGCCGCCUACGAGGACGUGCGGUCAGACUCAUCACCUACUGAGUGGGCGGUGUUCAAGUUCGAGGGCACGCGGAUCGUGUGCGCGGCGCGAGGCGGAGACUUCUCUGAGUUCCGCACGCACUUCGCCGACGACGAGAGGGCGUUCGGCUACCUCAGGAUGCAGAUGGGAGACGAGAUGUCGAAGAGGAAGAAGUUCAUGUUGAUGACGUGGGUGGGACCCAACGUGUCCGUCAUCAACCGCGCCAAGAUGUCCACCGACAAGGCCAUCAUCAAGGAUAUCAUUUCCGUACGUAUAACACGACAUACUGUACAGUGUACACUAGGUACUUACUACACACAACUAUAUAUGACUGUCAGUAGUCAGUAUGUCACCGCCUCUAUGAAGGUUUACUUGAACGUUGUUAAAGACGAUACAUGUAGAGUGUUGAGGGGCAAGUGGGAAGUAUGA